AUGCCCCAUCAUCCAUGACACAAUCAGCUUGUCUGUUUCCUGACCACCUGGCUUUAUUCCUUUGCAUUAUUCUUUGAUGACCACACGCGGCAUGGAGAGUACCACAUAGAAAUGUGAAGUUCCCGUUUCGAUAUAAUUCGCUUCACUACAGCCUUUGCCUUCAUUCUAAACUGCCUUAUAUAUCUGCAGCUCUUUCGCGAUUUCCCAACUGCAACGGCAGUUCCAGGCAGGUUUUCUGGAGCCAUGUUGGAAGGCAAAGCCGUCGUCAAUGAGACUGAUAUGCUUCAAACAAUGCAGCAAGACGCUCUCCAGUUAGCUGCAAGGGCUCUCGAUAACUUCGAUGUCACUGAACCCACUGAGAUUGCCCAAUUCAUAAAGAAGGAAUUUGAUGACACGUACGGGCUGGGGUGGCAGUGCAUCGUAGGAACAGAUUUUGGUUCGUUUGUGACACACAGCCAAGGCUGCUUCAUCUAUUUCUUCGUCGGUAGCCUUGCAUUCUUGCUUUUCAGGGGAACAGCCAAUCUCGCUGUGGAAGCAAAUAACAUCCUGCCGUUGGAGGCCGUGACGGCAUAAGCUCUGCUUCGUAAAACUUUGCUUCCUUUUCGUUCUCCUCGAAUUUGUAUAUCAAAAAAAUAAAUAAAUGAACAAAUUCCAAGAACUGUAGAGGAUAUAACGGAGUCUUCUGCAGCCAUGAGGCACGGCAACAGACCCAGAUUCAGUCACCCGACGGAUAAUAUUAUCACCGUCGGGAUCAGAAGGGAAAACACGAAGUUCCUCAAGCAAAGGACUGUUGAAACAUAUAGGAACUUCAAAGUUCUGUCACUUGGUGUUGCCGUCUUAUGUAAGUCAUUCUCGUAAAAUUACAAUUUAUUUGUUUUCAUGA